AUGGAAUUGGGCGAGCAGCUCGAAAUUCGAGUCGUUAAGGACGUUAUCCUUCGCCGCAAGAAGCACAACGACGUCGAAGGCGAUAUCGGCUUGACCGGACAUCAACUCGUAUUUUCGCGGCGGUCGGGGUCCCCUCGAGGGACCACGACAGACGACCGCGACGGUUUUCUCGAGGUUCUCAUCUCGAACAUGUGGCAAAUCACGGAGAAACCGUCGAGCACGCCACCGUCGUUGAGCAUCCGACUGAGAGACAUGAGAUCGAUAUCCCUACUCUUUCCAUCCGCUGAGAACCAAGAGAUGCACAAGGUGGCGAAAUCUAUUGGGAAAAUCAAUGAGUUGACAAACCCCAGACUCGCCUAUCCGUUCUACUAUCAUCCAAAUGUCGAUUUUGCGCGCGAAAGUGGCUGGUCGUUGUUCAGUAUUGAUGAGGAGUUCGAUCGAAUGUGUUGCCCCCCUAACAAAUGGCGGAUUUCGUCUGUUAAUUUGGAGUAUGCUGUGUGUCCAUCUUAUCCGGGACGUUGUAUCGUGCCUAUGGAGAUAGACGAUGAGACGCUGAUUAAGGUGUCGAAGUUUCGGCAAUCGGGACGGUUUCCUGUCCUCAGUUAUUAUCAUCCGUCGAAGGAGACGUCGAUCAUGAGAAGCGGGGAGCCACUGGUCGGCCCCGCCAAUCGACGAAGCAAGGAAGACGAACGCCUACUGAAAGCGUCUCUCACUACAGGAAAGCGAGGAUUCAUCAUGGACGUGAGGUCCACACAAAAGGCGCAACAACGACAAUCACGAGGCGGAGGCAUCGAGAUCGAAGCGCAUUAUCCUCAUUGGAGACGCGUGCACUGCACCGUUGAGCAUAAGCUCUCUGUUCUCCAGGAGAGUUUUGUGAAGGUCGUCGAUGCGUGCUGUGAUAAGAGCGGCAGUAGUGGCACGUGGCUGUCAAAGCUGAGGUCGUCGAUGUGGUUGAGUCACGUGACCGACGUGUUGGUUGCAGCGUGUAAGGUUGCACAGAGUAUCGAACGCGAUGGUUCGUCGGUACUCAUUCACGAUACCCACGGUUUUGAUACGACCAUCCAAGUUGCGUCCCUCACUCAAGUGCUACUGGAUCCAUUCUGUCGUACAAUCCAAGGAUUCAAGAUUCUUAUCGAAAGGGAGUGGAUAAGCUCUGGUCAUCCGUUUGGUGAUCGAUGUGGUCAGAUAGGUUUUAAUCGUGCCAACGAAGCUCCCAUCUUCCUUCUCUUUCUUGACUGCGUGUGGCAAGUGAUGCAACAAUUUCCACUAGCAUUCGAAUUUAACGAGACAUUCCUGAGGCUUCUGUUUGAGAACACGUCGUCGUCUGCGUACGGCACGUUUAUAGGUAACAACGAGAGGCAACGAAACGAGUUAGACCUCAGUCGCAGUACGUUUUCUGUGUGGACGCACUUUGCUAGUUCAUCUGUAACCCAACAGAUCACAAAUCCGAUUUAUGAAAGUCACUCGUCUGUAUUGUGGCCGUCUGUUGCGCCACAGAGCAUCGUGUUAUGGUCGGGUCUCUUUUUACGAUGGGAAGGAGGUCCUGAGCCACUCACCGAUUUUGCUGAGGAGGUACAACAAGUUGGUACGAAACACUUGCGUAUGAAAGAGAGUGUACUUGGUCUGAAGGAGGAACUCCGAAGACUGGAGGAUGAAGUGCAACAGAAACUAACAGAAAUCAGUGAAGGUGUUGAGUAGGAUAGCAAUUUUAUCUGUUCUUGGCUGUUGCUGGAAUGAAUUAUUGUAUAGGAGUUAUUGAUUGAUGCUGUUAGGUGUUUGCUAAUAUACCGGUAAUUGAAUUUGUAAUGUCCAGUGUGAAUGAUAUAGUCACAGACGGCUCUGAAAGGAGCAGGGAGGUUGUCGAGUGUGUGGGGGAUCUGCGCGUGCGUCAGACUGCAACAUACGGGUACUUGUAAGCCUUGGUGUCCAGCCCUACUAUUUUGUGAAAGCGCCAUGGUCAGGGGC